AUGGAUUUGUUCCUUGUGAGUAACCUAAACACCACUGCAUUUGCUCUCUUUUCUCUAACAUUACUAUUAGCUUUCUCUCUGUUUCGCUUUCGUCCCUCCAAAGCUGGUAGUAAUCUGCCAGAACCUCCAAUGGCCUCUGGUGCAUGGCCCAUACUCGGCCAUCUCAUGCUUCUCGGGGGCUCACCAACACCCCACAAGACGUUGGCAGCCAUGGCUGACAAAUAUGGACCCCUCUUCACCAUCAAGCUCGGUUCUAGACGCGCUUUGGUUCUCAGCAACUGGAAAAUGGCGAAAGAAUGUUACACCACAAACGACGUCGUCGUCUCCUCUCGCUCCAAGCUCGUGGCCAUCGAACACGUUGCGUACAACCAAGCAAGUUUUGGGUUCGCACCCUAUGGUCCUUACUGGCGUGAGAUACGGAAGAUUGUGACCGUGUUCCUCUCCGACCGCAAAACGGAGCUUCUAACCCGCGUUAGGGUUUCUGAGAUUCGAAGUUCUGUUAAAGAGCUGUUUCAUGUUUGGUCGGAGAAGAAGGGGAGUGAUGAGUGUGUGGUGGUGGAGAUGAAGCAGUGGUUCACAGAGUUGGUGUUCAAUAUAGUUUUCCAAACCAUGGCUGGGAAGCGAUUAUUUGGUAAAACCGCAGUGGUUAGCGAGAAAGAUGCAGAAAAGUGUGUGAAGGCUUUGAGGGAGUUCAUGCAGAUGUUGGGAGUGUGCACGGUGGCUGAUGCUGUUCCUGUUCUGAGGUGGAUGAAUUUGGGAGUGAAAGCCAUGAAAGAAACUGCCAAAGAAUUGGAUGUGAUCUUAGAUGAGUGGUUGGUGGAGCACAGCAAGAAGAGGGCUUUAUUUGGUGAAAAGGGUGUUGAAAGUGACGACCAAGACUUCAUGGAUACGAUGCUUUCAGUUCUUGAAGGUGCCACCAUCGAUGGCUUCGAUGCUGCUACUAUAAACAAAGCCACAACACUGAAAAAUUAUACUUUACGCGCGCCUUAUAAAACAAAAGGAAAAUGUUUGUUCGACAACAAUAUUUUGCCAACUUUUUGA